CAGGUCAACAUGAGCACAGUAGAAUCUUCCAUAACUUAUGAUGACAGUUUUAACAAAUUUGUUCAUGAUAGAAGUAGUAAAGCAACUGCACAUCAAUGCAGUACACCUCCACCAGCCGACCAGAUGAGGGACACUGACAAGACUAACAGGACAUGGAAAGAACAAAUGCUCACUGCUGAUACUGAUGACUUUAUGUUGAGGAGCGAUGGCAGUGGCUCAGAGAAUGGCGCUGAAGGCCACAAGUCGGAGCGGGACUGGUACGGUGCUGAGUUACGAGAGAAGGUUAGCCGGUGCUUGCCACCUCAGCCUGUCAAGAGGAUGGGUGGGACAUGGCAACGUGACCGCAUGGAGUCCUUUGAGAGCAACAAGGAGGUGGUAGGAUCAGAGGGCCGAGCAUCGCCACUGUCAGGAUUCUCACCAGCACACAAGGCUGAUGGCAGCAGCGACUACCCCACCUGCUCCUCCCGAGGACCUGCUGACUUUGAGGAGGAUGACUGGGAGGGCUGGGAGCGCCCUACUGGUGAACGCUGGCCUCCCCUUGGUGCCCCAAAUGAUGAGGAUGAACAAUCCAUCUGCUCCUUUGAGGAGCUUGGCAGGUCGCGCAGUGAGGUGGGGCGGCUGCGGGAGUUGGAGGAGGAACAGGAGCAGCUGAACUCUUCCCUCAUGUCCCUCACCUCGCACUUUGCUCAGGUUCAGUUCCGGCUGAAGCAAAUCAUCAACGCUGAGGCAGGAGAGAAGGAGGCGCUGCUGAAGGAGCUCGAGGAGUUCGCUGACCGCGGCAUCCCUGACCUACGCGCCAUCGAGCACACCAGGCAGGCCGUGCGCCAGUGCUCUACCUCACUGAAACAAGAUCAGCUGAAGGGUAAGCUGCCGCUUGACGUUGAGAACCUCGGGCAGCUCUCCGUAGAGGACCUGCGACGCCAGGUGGACGCCUGCGUGAAGCAGCUCAUCAACCCCCUCAAGAUGAAGGAGCAGCUUGUGUCUCAGCUGCAGACGCAGAUUGGUGACCUCGAGAGAUUCAUUGACUUCUUACAAGACGACGACCAGAGGAAGGUACCACCUGGCCUCCUGUCGCCAUCCAAGUGCCAGUGUGGAGGUCACGGCGACCAGCUCACGCCCAAGAAGACGAAUGCUCCGCGCAGACCAAAGUCUUCGUCCACUCCAAACACCAGCAAAGAAAAGCAGCAACAGCUGCAUGAUGAUACAGCUCGUCUCAUGGACCGGGCGACGUUGCUGCUCGACAUGCUGCGCUUCACACAACUCGGCUGCGGGCCAUCGCCUCCCCGAACCCACACUUCGUCUGCCAAAGGCCAUCACUGGGGAGACCUGCGUGCCAACCUUGAGCUGGCGAUAGCGACGUUGGCCGAGGAAGUGAGCGCCUCCUUCGCCUCCUCCGACUACACCAGCGACAGUGACGUGGGGGGCGAGGAACCCAUGGGGGACUUGAGGGGAGGGGACGUGGCACGACGCUGCAGCAGCCAGCAGGUCACCCUUACCGUCAGGAAGCUCUUCGUGCCUGCCCUCAGGGACCUGCUGCACCACGGCCUCAUGCCCACGAGCAGCGGACGCAGUCUGGUGUCGGCGUGGUCGUGCUUCCCGACGCGGUCGCCGCCCUCGCAGUUACUGCACGCGUGGGACGUCGUGAUGCAGUACUACCACCUCAAGCGUGGCCACCACUACAACACCACCCCUGCCCGCCGCCUCUCUCAGAGCUUCAACCUGGAGCUCCGUAGCGGCGGCAGUGGGGGGCUGGGCGCUGCAGGCGGUCAUAAAGGGGCACUCCUGGCGACGGUAGGGAACAUCUUGUCCACGCAUACGCCCCUCAAGCGCUCCCAUGACUCCCACUUCAAGGCAUUCGUCUCAGAGGCUCUCAAUCAGCAGCGCCUGGUGGUGUGGCUGCGACUGCUGCUGCGCUGUCAGCCGCUCGUGCAGAAGUGUUACCAGCCCUGGAGUUACGUCGUACAGACUGGUUUUGAGGACGCAUUCAAGUCCCUGGAGACUCUUCAACAAUAUCAGUUCAACCUGCCCGCCGACCUCGCCGUGCGCUCCUUGCGCAAUAUCAACGACGCCUUCUAGCUUCCUGCUCGCCCACAGCCAAGUGGCCAAAUUCAACUGCGUCCUAGAAACAUUAUUUUCUCAAUGUAUGAGCCACUCAGGUAUUAGGUAAUUGGGUUUCGUUUUGGUCAAAGCGUCUGCGGCCAUUUUGUUGGCGCCGUAUACAAGCGACGUUGCUGGUUGUUCGCAGUAGGCUGGGGUUUAAACCCACGACUCGCUGCUCCCAUCUGAGUUCCGCUUGAGCAAAACUGUAAAGCUGCUCUGCAUCAGAAAUAUUUUUGAAUAAAAUAGCCUUUAAUUCCACGUUCAUGAUGAUACUGAGAAGAAAGAUAUUGGACAGAAGUUCGCUUUGUGUUGAAAAUUUUUGAAAAUGUAGAUAUUUAUAAAAGGAACUCUUGUUCGCUUUGCAGUCCGCUGUACUGUUCGUUGAAUAGCUUCGAGCCAGUCAACGGGAACAGAUCUACGCAUUGUGAUUUGAUUCUCUUGACAACAUCCAGCGCUUUGUCUCGAGCAUUUAUCAUAUUCAUUCGCGCAACAUGAACGAUCGGCAGGGCAUUCAUGCAGCUUAGUGCCUGAAGAAAAGUUCCGAGUGCUGCUCCAUACGUCAUCGAAAUCGAGCAGUUGAGAAAUAUAAUUUACUUACAUGAGUAGUAUUUAUUGUCUCGCCUAAUACACUUCUCAUUAUCAUUGUCACCUUAGAAUUUUGCUGGAAUUGUGAUCAUUUCGUUAUAUUGUACUUGAAAAUGGCACCUGUAUGUCCAAAUACCAUUUGUAUUCACUCUACCCGAAUUGCACCCAUGACUAUUUUGUGCUUUCAUUAGGAAUAAGUAACUACGCGAGUAACUUACACCAUGCCUGCACUUCUCUUACCUAUGCGCACUUCCCUUCACUUGUAGUCUACAAAUAGUACGCUAGUGAUGCACUCGAAAGGUACUACCCUCUGACUUAUUUAUUUUUCACGCUUAGCGUCGUAAUUUUCUCCACCCAACGUGCACUCAUUCCAGAGGCAUCAGUUCAAGAUUUCAGUUAGUAUUUGUUUGUGCAAUGAAAAUCCAAGCCAUGAAAAUGAGUUCCGCUUCGUCCAUGGACGAGGAAUUAGUCUCCUCUCACGAUGGCACUCUGAAUAUUUCACCUCACGAGCCAUUGAUUACUUUUUUGACAGUGUGAUGUGCAUUUCACGUCUGUCGUGUCUUAUCAUAGUUUACAUUCUACGGUCUCUUCCUUAUUGCUACUCAACGCAUAUUAUCAAUUGUUCUAACACUUGAUAAUUCUUAUAUAACUGUCGAUUAUAACUCUAUAAUAUGUGAGCAUAUUCAAGCUGUCUGAAUGUAUGUAUAACUCGAGUAUCCACUAAUGCAUAUGUCUGCCCAUUAUUUUGUCUACCGUCAAUGCCGAUAACGUCGCCACAGCACUUGUCAUUCAAUAGAAACGAUUUAUUUUAUAAGCAAAACUGAACUGUAUCUUUCUAGCGCAAUCAUAACAGCUUGGUAGUCAUCAUGUGGUAAUCGAACCCACAAGUUGUACUUCAAACCAGUAAUAUACGGUUCUUAGUAACUAGCGGCGAGUUCAGUGCAGUUUCUUGUUCGGCCUUAGCUAAACUGAUUCGACAUUAACUGCGGCUUAUAUAAAUUGUUUAUCGGUCCUGAGGAAACGCUUCUGACUUUGUGUGACGGUAACAUCGUUGUUGUCCCUCCAUCUUAUAACAUAUACACUCCGCUACUGCUGCCUCCCUCCCUGAGGAUCAUUCUUCAAGACAAAUUAUAUAUAACUGUUUCGUAGCCUGCAAAAUUAAUCGUCAUGUUGUGCUAUAUAUUACAUGGGACUUGUAAGUCGACACUUCGAAUUCAAACACUAAAGAUGGUAGCGGGUAAAGGGCAUACAACUUGAGCGAAAACCUCGUGAAGGCACACAGGCCCCUCAUUCCCCACGACUACCUUCUUGAAGUGCUGCAGCACGGCGGCAAAGCUGACUGUUCGGUCAUCAUGAAUUAUUCAGUUAAAGAAAGCCACUUGUGUUAACCGUUAGUUACAAUUUUAUGCGGCUUGAGGCUAUGGCCAUUGCCAUUUUCUGGUGCCAGUUAAUAGUUUCGUUCUAUCAGCCUGCAACUCGUAGUUUAGUUGUUGUUCUGUUACGUUGAAUGUUCUCGUUUAGUCAAGUAGCCCCACUUCUCUAGUCAUGCCAUUGAAGUAUUCAUGUGUUCACGUUCCUAUGUCACAUUUUAGUUUCCUGAAAUAAGCUGUUUUAUGUUAAUUGAUUUUAUUGCAUUGUAAGACGCGCCAUGUGCCAUCAAGUUAGAGACCAGAAGACGAAACAUGGAUGUGUAGUACAUAAGUAUAUAUGAAGAGACUCGCGACCAUGAUGAAUAUUGUGCAUAGUGACAUUUUGAAUUCUCAUCACGUGCGCUGCAACAUCUUAUUAAAAACUGGAUGAACAUGGGAGGUAACUGCGCCGUUAGCUAGCAGAAUGCCCUUUGCCAUAUGAAUUUUAAUGUGUUCUAGUCCGAAAACUAUCAAUUAUCCUUCUCAUUAAAGUGAAAGGAUUACAGAGUAAUGUAACAUUCUAAGCUAAGCUAACUGAGGUCGCGUCCAAAGAACAGCAUCGUGUGUACGUACAUAACAUACGGUCAGUCACUCAUAGGGAUAUUCUAUUUAUCAAAAUAAAGUCUUCGCCUA